AUGGCGGCGCACACCCUGGCUCGGUGUCUCCGUACGACACCGUCCUCCGCUUCUCUGCUGUUCACUCGACCGUCUACUCGUGUUUCCGUGCCUCAAUUGUCGAGUCCCAUCCGUGGACCGGUUUCCCGUCUCCAGUCGACCCGACAUUAUUCUUCGCAGAGCGGCGCUCCGAGCGAGAAGCCUGCAGAGGCAUCUUCAUCUCCUAGCGAACAGACGUCGACCAACAACAACACGCCCACGAACAACACCAACAACAACGCUCAAACUUCUCCUCCCACAAAGUCUAAACCAAACACUACUGCCACCACCGCCUCAAAACCAGACGCCAGCCUGGCCAGCUUCGACCAGAUCUUCAAGAAACUCGAGAUCGGCAAGCGCGAUGUCGCCAAGACGACCAAGGCGAUGCAGGACUCGCAGAACAAGGAGACCCCGACGAGCAGCCGCGAGCCGUUCGAUCCCGCAGGGCUGUCCCGCGCCGUCGGCCUGGCCGCAGAGACGGACAACUACCGGUCGCCGAUUCGGCGGGUCGAGCUGAAGCUGGGGCCGGAGCUGGGACGGCAGGUCAACGUCGAGCCGGACAGGGGCAUCGACGUCGCGACGGCCAUCCGCAACCUGCACAUCAACUGCUCUGCCAACCGCGUGCGCGCCCAGGCCAACGCCCAGCGGUUCCACGUCCGGAGGGGCCAGCGCCGCAAGGACAUCCGGCGCGAGCGCUGGAGGAGGCUGUUCAAGUUCUCGUUUGAUCAGACCGUCGCCAAGGUUCAGCGGAUGAGGGCGCAGGGGUGGUAG